AUGCUGAUGCAUUCACUGGAUACGGUCAAGACUCGGCAGCAGGGAGACCCGCAUAUACCGCCCAAAUACACCUCCAUGUCGUCGUCGUAUACUACCAUUUUCCGCCAGGAGGGGAUUCGGAGGGGGCUGUACGGCGGUGUCACCCCUGCGUUAUGCGGCUCGUUUCCAGGCACCGUUAUCUUCUUUGGCACAUACGAGUAUAGCAAGCGGUGGAUGUUGGAUGUUGGCAUAAAUCCAUCAAUUGCAUAUUUGGCCGGAGGAUUCAUUGCGGAUUUCGCUGCGUCGUUUAUAUAUGUUCCGUCCGAAGUGUUAAAAACUCGAUUACAGCUGCAGGGCAGAUAUAACAACCCCUUCUUCAAGUCGGGAUAUAACUAUAGAUCUACGGCCGAUGCCUUCCGAACGAUAUUACGGACCGAAGGCUUUUUUGCGCUCUUCUCUGGCUUCAAGGCAACCCUGUUCCGUGACAUGCCCUUCUCGGCUCUACAGUUUGCCUUUUACGAGCAGGAGCAGCAGCUGGCUAAGCGGUGGGUUGGACAGCGGGAUAUCGGCUUCCAGCUCGAAGUGCUCACUGCUGCCACGGCCGGUGGUAUGGCUGGCGUCAUUACCUGUCCACUAGAUGUCGUCAAGACCCGCAUACAGACCCAGCAGAACCCAGAUGCUGCUCCUCCACGACCUACCGUCUCACCGAAUGGCCAUGUCCAUGCACCUUCAACUUCAACUUCAACACCGAUUUCAACCUCCACCUCGACAUCCUCUGCUCAAACACGAUUCAUCUCCACUUCAUCACCCUCCACAUCAACAGUCAAACCCGGUGCUGCCAUACUCGACACAUCCUCGGUACUAACAGGCCUCAAACUAAUAUACAAAACCGAAGGUGUGGCUGGCUGGUUCAGAGGCGUCGGCCCUCGCUUCCUUUGGACCAGCAUACAGAGUGGUACCAUGCUGGUGCUGUACCAGUACUUCCUCAAGCAGCUGGAGUCCUACCAGCAGCUCAGUGAGCUUCGCAGCGCCUCAAUAUAA